GACCCUGAGAUGUUGGAUCUUGUGAUGAUGGAGAAGAUUCGCCAGAAGGGGAGUUUGGAGAUGAUUGCCAGCGAGAAUUUCUGUAGCAGGUCUGUCCAGGAAACAUUGGGAUCUUGUCUCACCAACAAAUAUUCUGAAGGACAGCCAGGGCAAAGGUACUACGGUGGGAAUGAAUACAUCGACGAGAUUGAGAGACUGACUCAGAAACGUGCCCUCCAAGCCUUCAACCUUGAUCCUGAAGAAUGGGGCGUCAAUGUGCAGCCCUUAAGCGGGGUGCCGGCAAAUUUUGCAGUCUACACUGCCCUCGUUGAGCCACACGGUCGAAUCAUGGGCCUGGACCUCCCAGAUGGGGGUCAUCUGUCUCACGGAUUUUUUACUGCCCAGAAAAAAAUAUCUGCCACGUCCAUAUUCUUUGAGUCGAUGCCCUACAAGUUGGACGUGAGCACUGGUCUUAUUGAUUAUGAUAAGCUACGAGAGCAUGCCAGGCUGUUCAGACCGAAGCUUAUCAUCGCCGGCACUUCAUGCUACUCCAGACAACUUGACUACUCAAGAUUCCGUGAAAUAGCCCAAGAAAACCAGGCGAUCCUCAUGGCGGAUAUGGCUCACAUCUCCGGGCUAGUGUGCGCCGGGGUCAUUCCGAGCCCAUUCGAAUUCUGCGACAUCGUCACUACGACCACCCACAAAACUCUUAGAGGACCUCGGGCUGGGAUUAUAUUUUAUAGAAAAGGGGUGAAGAAGAAUGGUCCCAAAGGUGAUACAGUUUACGAUUACGAGAAGAAAAUUAACGAGGCUGUGUUCCCCGGCCUACAGGGGGGUCCACACAAUAACGCCAUCGCUGCUGUUGGUGUGGCCCUAAAAGAGGCAAUGACCCCAGAGUUCAAGGCCUACCAGCAGCAAGUUGUCACCAAUGCCAAGGUCCUUUGUGAUGAAUUGCAGAAGUAUGGCUACACCAUUGUCUCAGGUGGCACAGACAACCACCUCAUCCUUGUUGACCUUCGACCUGUGAACUCCGACGGAGGUCGUGCUGAGAAAGUUCUUGAGGAAGCCAACAUAACCGUGAACAAGAACACGUGUCCCGGAGACAAGAGUGCACUGAGACCUAGUGGACUGAGGUUCGGCACACCAGCACUGACCACGAGAAACUUCAAAGAGGCCGAUAUGGUUAGGGUGGCCGAGUUCAUUCAUAGAGGUCUCCAAAUCACCUUAGAGGCCCAGAAAGACUGUGGCACGCUCUUGAAAGACUUCAAAUCGAAAAUUGAUGUUGACCCGGAUAUCAGGGGCAAAAUUCAGCAGUUGAGGUCAGAGGUCACCGAGUUUGCAUCCAGCUUCCCGAUGCCUGGAUUUGAUGAAAUUUAAGAGGACUGGGAUGUAGAGUGGGAGAAAGAGAAGCAAAUUGAAUAAGAAAAGAGAAAGAAAUGAAUGAAAGCGUGAUGUUUUUGCUGCUGUUGGUUGAGGAGUUCAAAUGUCUGAAAUCGAAAUUUUUCCAUCCCAUACUGAAAGAAAUCCUUCACUGUAUUGUUAAAUUUUAUUUUAAAAUUUUAUUGCUCCUUCACUUGUUUGUAUGAGUUUGUAUUUUUGCCCUUUAAGUUGUUGCUAUCUUUUUGUUAACCAUAGUUGUCGUUAUUGUGAUUAUUAUUUGUAUUAUCAUUUUUUUUCUAACUUUUUUCAUUUCAAAAUCUGAUGACUUAACAUCGAUCU